UUUUGUCCAGUGGGGGAGAAGUAAAGGACCGCAGAAUCGAGUCUUGGCGGGAAAGCCAGCGACUCCAACCGCGCUUACGGGGCUGCAGGACGAAGUAGAGGAGGCAAAGAGGAAAAAGACUGGCAGCCGCUCGCGGGAGUCUUUUGGCCAGGAAACCGAGAUGCAUCGUGAUUCGUGCCCACUGGAUUGCAAGGUUUAUGUAGGAAACCUUGGGAAUAAUGGCAACAAAACCGAAUUGGAACGAGCUUUUGGCUACUACGGACCGCUGCGGAGCGUCUGGGUCGCUAGAAAUCCCCCCGGUUUUGCUUUUGUUGAAUUUGAAGAUCCGCGGGAUGCUGCCGAUGCAGUGAGAGAACUAGAUGGGAGAACAUUGUGUGGAUGUCGGGUUAGGGUGGAACUGUCCAAUGGUGAAAAACGCAGUCGGAACCGUGGCCCACCUCCUUCAUGGGGAAGACGACCUCGAGAUGACUAUCGCAGGAGAAGUCCUCCACCUCGCCGCAGAUCUCCACGGAGGAGGAGUUUUUCCCGUAGUCGUAGCAGAUCCCUUUCUAGAGAUAGAAGGAGAGAGAGGUCACUCUCAAGGGAGAGAAAUCAUAAGCCUUCCCGUUCAUUUUCCAGAUCUCGUAGCCGUUCCAGGUCAAAUGACAGGAAAUAGAACUUCAGGAAGAAUGGUAUACAGGAAGUCACAUUUUGGUCUGAAGACAGUAUGUACAGAACAUUGUUUUGUUUAAGACCUCAUAAAGCUUGGUGCAUUUUAAAAAUGUUUUAGCUGUCAAAUUUUGUUUCUUUUGUAACAGGUGACAUGUAACAGUUGUGAAAAUGUAUAUGGUUUUGAGGAGGACAUUCAAAGUGUAAUAAACCUGUUCUACAUUGUACCCUUCAGCAUAAACUAUGUUAAUGUUAGCCAGUUACCUUGCAGAGGUAAAUAAAUCCUCAUGAAACCUAUAGCAGCAAAUGUUCAUAGUCUGCUGGGUCAUAUUCUAGAAUCUUCAAAAGCUAAACUCAAAUUAACACAUGAAUUUGUAAAUCAUGAAUAUUUGCUAUAAUUGUGAAUGGACAAUCUCUGCAGUAUGAAAUGUGGAAGCUUAAUUGGCCAGAAUAAACCAGUGGCAAACAAGAAGACUGAAAACUUGUAGUUAGCCUUUUUUCUAAAUCUGAGUUCUGAUUUAUACCAGAAUUACCAUUGUGCAAAAUGUAAAUUAAAUAUGAACACCUUUUUCUGUAGAGCACUACUGCUAAAACAGAUUUGUAAUGCAAAUUAACUGUUGAUUUGGAUAAGUACAUAUAUAUAAGGGUACAUUGUAGAUAGAAAUUUUCCUCAUUGUGCAUAAGUUGUCUUGUCACUGUAAACUCUUGAAGAUUAAAGUUUUUGUUACAAAUCGUUCUUUAACUCGUAUCUUGACAACCAUUCGUGCAAAAUAAAAUAUGUAAGUUGACUUAGAUAUAGCUUAAUUAAAAUCUGUUAAUAGUUUGAAGGCACAUUCAAACUUAACUUCCAAGCAAACUCUAGUACUGUUUGGCUUAGCAUGCUGUCUUCCAUUCUUGUAUUUGAAUAAUAAAGAAUUCCAAGUUUUUAACGUGAAAAGUUAGCUUGCAGCCCUGCAAGUAAAAAUUAAACACAAAAAUUAUUUUUCUUUUACAGAGCUUUAAAAUUCCCCCCAAAUAUUGCAUGCAAUAUUUAUCCACAUAAGCCUUUGAUGGUUUGUGAUUUGAAUGCCAAAAUAUACAUUGAUUUUGUACCAAGAUAGUUAUUGAUCUCAUUCAUUUAAAUCCAUGCCAGUGGAAAUAAACCUGUUUUAAUUUCCUCAUAUGUUUUUAAAAAAUAAUUUAAAGAUCAUAAAUGUUUAAUAUUUUUUAAACAAUGUCUUCAAAGGGGGUAUCAAAUAGGAACUUCAUAAAAUUUAAUAUACUCUGUCAAGUUAUAUCAGACAUAAAGCAUUCCAUGCACAGCUCAUCUUUUAGUAGCCUAUUGUGGAAAUAGCUGUUUUAAACUAUUAGUUCAGAACUAAUAAACUCAAAAUCAUGUCAUUUAAGAACAUCUGAUAAGAAUAAAUGUGAUCUUGAUUAUUUUGCAUGUAGUUUACUUUAAGCUUCUACAAUAGAAUGUCUAGUAAAAGUAGGUAAUGAGGUUAUUGUUCGUUUAAGAGUAACUGGCUGCUACCUAGCUGAUGUUGGCUGAUUUUGGGGGGCGGACAAAUACUUGGAGGCAAGCUAGAAAUUCUAGGGUUUCAGGUUAGAUACUGGCAGAUACUGGUUAGAUACUUUUGUGGUUACCAAGAACAAUAUGGUUGGUCCUUAUAGUUAUGUGAAAAAGAAGCUACACCCUGGGCUUUCUUUUUGUAAAAUAAAUGAUGACAUGGGGUAAUAUGUCAGGUUGUUCAUCUGAGAUAGUAUUUACCUGCUUUUAAAAACUAAGGACCAGAUGAUUUUUACUAUGUCCUGAUACGUAAAACUAUAGAAUUCAAAGGAGGGCAUACUUUCUUUUUCACAGGACUGCAUAAGUCAAUAGGAGUUGGAAGUCAACUCACCGAACAUGUAGAGUCAUGUGAUGAAGUAGCUGAAACUCAAUGCUGUAAUUUUUU